UUCAAUGUCAUUGGUGGUAGCAAUAAUCUUGAUUAAACCUUGCAACAAUAAUAAUCCACACAUUAAUUUUAAAUACUUUCUGCUGCCCUGUGGACUGUAGCACUAGUCCUGGCCUGCAGAUGUAUUGAUUCAUUUAACUGACCUCACAUACUCACAGAUCAACCAUAGAGUAAUAACAUACGCGGCUUUGCUCGAAAAAUCGGCAAAAAAGGCAUGCUGAAUUGCCGAAAUAGUGAAUAGUGUGCAUGUUUAGGCAGUUUUUUAUGAAUGCGCAGAAAGACUCAAUUUCCCAGAGUGCACUGCGAUAGACCGGCCUCUCCUCCGCGAGGUCCACGCCUCUCAGCUGUGCAGCUAGGUAAACAAACAGGAGAGGAGAGGAAAAGAGUAGCAGCAGCAGGCACUUUGCUGGCUCUGGACUCCCUCGGGAGAAUUUUAUAUUAUUUAUAUCCGUUUUUGUAAACAUUUAAUAUCGUGUUUGCUAGAAACUUUUACUACUUUGAUAUACUGGUUUUGACAUUUUCUAACAACGAAACCUGGCAAGGAUUGGCUGUAGCUUGCCAGCUUGGAAGUAUUUUUUCUCCUCUCCUUUCGACAAAAGGCUGCUGCGACCUGUAGUUGCUGCUGCUUGCGAAGCUAACGUUAACCUGAAGAGAGCCGAGCUAACGUUAACGGCAGCCAGCCUCAGAAAAGAAUGACGGCUGUUCAGCUAAUAAAUAUCCAACUGUUAUUGGAAGCUGCGGAGUAUCUAGAAAGGAGAGAAAGAGAGUGUGAACACGGAUAUGCUUCGACAUUUCCAUCAAGUCAGAACACAAACUACCAGAGGCAAAGAAAAUUCCGAAAUAAGAAGUUCAGCAGUAACCACAAUAGGUCCACACAUAAUGAGCUGGAGAAGAAUAGACGAGCUCACCUGCGGCUGUGUCUCGAGAGGUUGAAGACCCUCAUACCCCUGGGACCAGACUGUAAUCGCCACACCACCCUGGGCCUGCUCAACAAAGCCAAAGCACACAUAAAGAAACUUGAAGAGACAGACAGGAAGAGCCAGUACCAGCUGGAGUCUCUGGAGCGGGAGCAGAGGCACCUCCAGCGCCAGCUGGAGCUGCUGAGGGGAGGCAGCGGUGCUGCGGCCCAGAGCAGCCCAGGGGAAGGGGAGAGGAUACGCAUGGACAGUGUGGGCUCCACCCUCUGCUCUGACCGCUCUGACUCUGACCAAGAGGAGAUCGAGGUGGACGUGGAAAGCACGGAGUUCUCCCAUGGAGAGCUGGACAGUGUGAGCACAGCCAGCACCAGCGACCUGGACGACCACAGCAGCUUGCAGAGCAUGGCCAGCGACGAGGGCUACUCCUCCUGCAGUGUCAAACUUGCCUUCUCCUCCUAGAGCCCCACACCGCUACUACCACCACCACCACCUCCUCCUCCUCCCUGCCAAACCUGCCGGCCCUCCCACCCGUUUCUCCAUCCAGCCAUGCCUACGUACAUACACCCAGCCACCUCAGACGACGACGGCCUCGCCCCCCAGCUAACGGCGUUCCCGUCGCUCCUGCCUCUCAGCAGUGCUCCUUCCAGCUCCUAGCCUUUAGUUCACCCCCCUCCUGUCCUCUUGCACUGCUGAACCCACCGAUGGAGGAGUUUUUCCUCACUUCUGAACUUUGAGCCGCCCCGACCAACACCCGACACCAGGGACACAAACACAGUGAUAUGAAACUGCCAAUUGAUUUUAAUCUUUUAAAGCGAGACUUGGUUGAUUUAAAAAAAAAAAAAUACUAUAAAUCAUCCAGAUUUUUAAACCCACACAAUUGAAAUGAAUGAUUUUACUUCUUUUACUCUCUUGAACUGUCAAAUGUCUGAAUUUUUUAAACACACAUAACCCCAAAUUUGAUCCAAAAUGCACUUAAAUUGGUAUGAUAUUGAAUAAUUCAGAGUUUCUGUUCAGAUCUCUCUCCUGUGGUGUGUGCGUGUGUGUUCAGCUGGUCCUGUGUGUCCCUUCUUAACGUUCUGGUGUUGGAUAAACGGGAGCACAUCUAAUCUGGACUAUAAUCAACACUGUGGGUGAACUUUGCCAUAUCAACACAGCUUGGCCCUGAUAAACAUCCCCCCAGCCCUGAAUUUAAUCCUUGUUUUAUUGUUUUUUCUUUACCUCUGCUUGACACCGCAGAAGCUCGGACACUCAAACUGGUGCUAUUGUGAAACAAACCAACGGGAGAAGCAGAUCAGAUCCACCAUCACUAUGCUUUCAAAGCAAAACAAAGUGUGUCUGCAGCGAUUGUUUCCAACUAAGCACGGAGAAAACAACCAAAAAAAAGGAAAAAAAAACAACAACAUUCCUGUCGAAUGUGGGUGCUCAGUGCAUUUUCAAAGAGUGGAAAUUGUAAUUUGUGUGUUUGUGUUUUGUUUUGGUUUCUCCCCCCUCGACAAGCAGCUACGACAAGCUAUCCUGCACUCGCCUACUUUAGAGCUGUCCAUAGAAACGGCACAAACCAAGAAGUAAAAAAACAAAAAAACAGCAACAAGGAAAAAGUCCAAACAACAACAAACUUUGGAAUAGAUGUCCAUCCUCUUUCCAGCAGUAACAAGCAAUAACUCUUGUAAUCCUUUUUGUCUCGUCAGUUCGAACUCCUUCCCAUUAUCUCUUUUUCCUCUCCCCUAAAGACUGUGUGACCGUCCAAAAAACAAAUUUCUUUUUUUUAUUUGUACAUACAAAUAGCUUAAUGAAUUAAACCUUAAAAAGGAGUUAGAGCUCAUGCAUAGAACUGUUGCCUCUGUUGCUGUUUGACCUGUGUUUAUUGUGCAUUUUAAACUCCAUUAUUUGGAACAAUGUUAUCCUCUUCAGAGUGGCAGUGGAUGUGGCAUGGACACUAUUACUUUGUUCAGUUUGCUGGUGGAAACUUUUAAAAUUGCUCAAUCUGUUGCUGCCCAGAGAAGUUAAUCUUCAAAACGAUAAAAACGACAGAACAACUUCCCAAAAGCAACCCAGUAUGACUGCUGUUGGAGAAAGCUGAGUUUGUGUGGCACACUUUUUAUUUAUUGUUUUCUCUUGUUUAUAAUGUUCAUAAAUUUGGGGGGGAAAGCUGUAUAUGGCAUUCCACUGGUGGUUAGGUGAUCUGUGGAGGAAAAGUGUGAGGAGAAGAAAAACGGGUUGUAUGAUGUCAAUGUUCGCCAUCCCAACUCCACUGGCAUUAAGAAUUGCACUUCAACCACAGUUCUCUGUAUUUUUUUCACUGUCAUGAAGCUCACAUGAAUCCUUUGUAUGUGAAAGAAAAAAAAACAACACCUCCCUUUUGAAAUAUUUAUUUCUCAAUCCCUCAAAGAACACAAGCAAUGGGGAAUAGAAGUUAACUUAUUUUGGUUCUGUCUUAUUUUACUCCUCUUUUUGAUGCUUAUUCCUCAUUCCUUAUUUUAAGAACUGUAUAUUUUAUGGCUUAUUGUUGUUUUUGGGGUGGGAGGGCGGGACGGGAUAAGAAAUGUAGCCUUUUUUUUUUCUUUUAUUCAAUGGACACUUGAAAUGUAAUUGGCCCCUCAGCUGCUCCUAGUGCUGAGCCUUGCCUGUUAAGAGUCAGAGCUGACUCCCCCAACAACACACUAUGCCUGUUACGAUAAAUGCAGACCUCAAACAGACGGACAGGCUAACAAAAUGGCUUCCCUCCAUCCUAACCGUCAUUUCGGCCAUCACUAUGUUUGUUUUUAGCAACCAAAACAUGCGCAAAACGAAUCAGGAGCCUGGAAUGACGCUACGUUAUCAGCUAAAUCUAGCACUAGCUAGCUAGUAAGCUUGGUUAGUCAAGGAACUCUAGUGAGAAUAAUUAUUUUGCAACCAGUUGAGUCGCCCCCUGCUGGCUGUUAACAAGAAUACAGGUUUAAUCCACGUCUCUGGCAGCUUAACUUGUCAGGCUCGGAGGUUGCCGCUUAAAACGUGAAACAUUUGCCAUCUUGUUUAUAAAGUCUCCUGCGUCUGUGCUGGGGAGGGUCAGCUCAGCUCAAGGCUUAUCGAUAGCCAAGACUUUACUGGCAAAUAUUGAGCCAGCUACUACACAAUAAAAGGGGUCUAAAACUCCACUUUCCUCUAUUAGGAGGACUGUAGUCUCUAUUAGACUUCUGUUUUAGUUGAAAAAAUGUGUCUUACAUUUACAAUUCAACGCCUCCGACUGAGGAUUUAAAGAAAAAAAUAAACAAAAAAUGAACAAAUCCUUUGGUUUCUCCGAAGGACGUCAUUAAGGUGUAGAGUUUGGAGCUAUGUUGAGGUUGUCGGACUUGGCACUGAAAUCAGAAAGUCACCACGUCUGGUGCUUGAUUAUUAAAAAAAAAAACUAAAAAAAUGCCAAAACCACCUCAGAACACCUCAGUGUCCUCUCUCUUUAUCUCUCUCUCUCUGAGGGACAGUUUACAUUUAUUCUUCCCCUGUUUAAGUUAUUAACCUUCAACUCUUUGUUUUUUGUUUUUGUCUUCAUAUGUUGGUUUUAUGAACCUGCACUGCUGACAGGAAAAAGGGCCCAUGUUUGACGACAAAUGAAUUCCACUCCGUGUGCAGACCUGGAUAGUAUCCUGGUGAUAUUUUAACCUGCUCGGAGUACAAUAUAUUUUUACUGCAUCGGGACAAUUCUGAUAGUGUUGGGUUUUUUUUUCUUGUUUAUCACUGAAAUGUGUGAAUACUGUCUGGCACUCAUUGUAUUGUCUCAUGUGGCAAAACUACUCUGAUCUUGUAUUCCCAGACGGGAUAAUACAAACUAUAAGAACUGAUUUUAUUGAAGCCAGGUCUGUCCUCUCUCAUGUGAGUGUACAGUGUGUGUGUGUGUGUGUGUGUGUGAGCGUGUGUGUGUGUGAGCGAGCGAGCGUGUGUGAGUGUCCAUGUUCUUACUAAGGCUGAGCUUUAGAGACGCACCUGGUCCAUGACUAGUCUGCACUGAUCUCAGUUGGGCUGAUUCCCACCUGCUCUUCAGUAAAUAUUAGACUUCUGGAGAGUAUUUGUCAUGAAAAGAGAAAUAUGUCCAGUGUCUGUUAUAAUAACUGGGAGUGAAGGCUCUGUCACAUAAUUUGCAGCUAUAAUUUUGCACUGAAAGUUACUUGAGCUCAACUGUCAGUUCAGUGCAGACUGGUCCUGGAUCAGCCCGGGUUAGUGUGGAUGUCUGACAGAAUAGUUUCUGGCUAUGCUGCAGAUUCAAAACAAUAGCAUAUCUUCAUAAGCUGGUGAUCACAAAGCUAUAUUUUUACCUCUGUGUUUAGACAUGUGCUCCUGACUGUGGUUCAGGUUAACUUUCCAGGAGUUCCAAUUUUGCAGCUUGGCCAGAAGUGUAUCAGCCACGAUGAUGUGGUAGUUGUCUUUUGUAAACCACACUCCAUUCUGGCUUUGAGCAAACGGGUCCAUGGGGUCAA